UAGAGUAGAGCUUAACAGAGACUGGGUUAUUAACCUAAUGAGAUGCUCUGAACCUUAAAGCAGAAGCUGUUUAUCCCAGAGAAACCACUAGAUGGGGAUAGAGGCCUGGUGUUUCCCUACCAAAGGAGGUGAAAUUUGGAGCGUGUGUGUACUGUCAUCCACUCAGGACUGCAGAAUAAAAAGAAAUUCUGAGCAGCCUUUUAUGGUUGUUAGUGUGUAGAAACUACAGCUACAUUGAAGUUGUAAUUACACUGUGCUUUUAUGAUAAAAAAGCAAGCAAACUUGCCAAAAAGUUAGGCACAUUAGUUAGUGUGCAAGCAGCAUAAUCAUCCAACUGCCUGUCGGUCACCAUACCUGAAAUUCCCAGUGGAGUCAGUCACUGGGGAUUGAAUGUGACACACUGAGCUGCACUGACAGAUGUCAAAGAUCUUCGCUCCUCUGAUCAGUCUCCGCUCUUUAACCCUGUCAGCGAAGGACUGAAUGGCCUGAAGGUCAAGAUGUAAAAACCAGUGCCUCUUUGUAUCUGCAUGUGAGCUAUUGUGGCACACUGGUGCUGAAAUAAUGUAUUGCUCUUGUUUAACUCGGUCAUAUAGAUGUUUGUGAGUGUGGGUGCGUGUACUUGACAGAUUGGAGUGUGAAUGAUCAAUUAUGGUCCCUUUCACCAUCACACAUCACAUGCAUGCCCUGAGGAAAGUCUAUAAUAGCAUGAUUCUGUCCUUGAAUACAUUUAAGGACAAACAUGCACACAACACAAAUGCCCUUCUGUCUUUGCCAUUUCAAAGACAUUUCAAUUAUCACUCAUGGUGGAUAUAAAACACAUUACAAAGUAGGCUGGCACAAACAUGGAAUUUACCAGAGCAUAUUUCACUUUUUUUUAGCUAUAACGAAUCUAUUAGUAUUGUCUCACUGUAAGACUAAAAAAGGUGAAUGAGUGACAGUGAUCUCUUACCUAAUUUUCUUACCUUACUAGCGUCUGUCUGCAGUCUGCAUUACACAGUUGGUGUGCCAUAAACCGGACUGAAGUUAGUUUUGUAUUAAGGGUCAGUUAUUUAUUUAUUUAUUUCAAUCAUUAUCAAUUUGGUUUCAACAAACUGUAACUUCGAAGGUAUGUUUAUGGAUCAGUUUUUACAUAUGAAGACUGUGUGUUUGCAUUUUUCUGUAUUUUUGCAAGGGGAUAUAUUUUUUAUCAUGCAUUUUUGGUCUUUGGAAUUUUAACUGGGAAUUCUGUUUCAUUAACGUUUUAUCACGAUGAUUAUAAAGCAAUAUUUAUCAGCAGAUAUAUUUUUAACGGACUUAACUCGAUGUUUAAAUAUACCAUAUUUUGAUAAUAUUAUUGUCAUUACUCUUUUAAUCAUUUUUACUUUUAUUACUAAUUGUAUCACUUUGAUGACACCAAUGAGCUUUUUAGAUGAUGGAAUCCCCUUUUUAGAAAAAUAUAUAGAAUAAUUCAUGGAGCACAAUUUUUAAAGUAUGAAAAUAUAAGACGUACAUUUUACAUAGAGGUCUUUUUCAAAACAAAGGGGUUUUUAAAAUUUGCUUAGUUAUAAAAAAAAACCUGUUUUGUGUUUCAUUUAGCUUUUUAUGAGUUCAGAAUUUAAUUCAGAAUUUUAUAUUUCGGUAGAAAUUAAAAAAUACAUAAACUGUGUGGAAGGACCUGCGCGUCAACGGUGACACCAAUGCAAAACUAACUUCGUGUCGCUCGUCAGUAGGGAGGUCCUAAUCUAGUAUAGCAGCUGGGAGCAUUUUACCACGUGAUGCGAGAGAUGUUAGAGAGCAGCCAUCAUCAUUUCACCUAAUUCAUGACCAGCCUGAAAUGGUAAAUGGUAAGACGACAAGGGAACGGAAAACUGCGAUGGAGUAGUUGAAGACUGAAGCCGCUCCCGUUUCACUUCCUCACCAUCUAAGAAGGUCUGUUUGCUGUUUGAUUUACACCCCCCUCUUCUCCUGUUUUCUGCUGGCUGCCGACGCGCUUGUUUCGGUUUCUGUGUUCAUCCUUACCUCUUAUUUAUGUAACUGAUAGCGUAAACGGCACCAGUUUUGGGGGUUACACUCCCCAAACGUUUAUUUGAGGUGGGACAAUGAGCGUGUUGGUGUUGCCUGCAUAUCCCAACUCUUAUUCGCCGUGUUUUGUUGCCGUGUAUGCUAACACGGUUUGCGCUACUGGUUGUGUAACGAACGUUUCGAAGGCGACGAGCUCCAGGUGAACUGGAACAAUGUAACAAACCAACGGCUAGUAACGCUCGAUUCACGCGCUGCUCCUGUCUGCGGUCGCGCGUGGAGGUUCGUUGAGUCGGGGGCUUUGGCUUAGCUGGCCCGCGAGAGCUUGUUCGAGGAUUUUGCUAGCAUGACAAACUAAUAUGGGUUAACAAUUCACAAGGCCUGCGAACACUCACUUGCUAGUUGAUCAGGUGCCAUGAAAAUCCACUCCAUUACAGCUGGAAUGUAGAGCAAACGUGAAAUGACGCUUUGACAACUAUAAUGGUAUAAUUUCAACACUUAAACUUAUUGUUGGAGGCUGCCUUAGCCGUCAUUUUGAGAUUUUUCACAAGCUCUUCUCACCCAGAGAAGUUCCAGUCCUGUAUUUCAACCACUUACACCAUUCCCUGAGACGUGCUUUUCACCAGAGAAAAGAUCAAAUGAGUCACAUAUCCUAUUUUUGUUUGAUACAUUUUCAUGUAACAGGGUGACCAACAGGAGUUACGUUUACAUUUCAUCAUAGGAACCAGGGUCUGUUUUAUUUUUAGCAACACUUUUCAACAUAACCCAUUCAAGCUAUGUUUCCAUACAAUGACUACUUUGUCUUGGGUGAACCUUACUAAGCAGGUCAGCAAACAGGCAAAGGUUUGAGUUCAGGUGGGCCCAGUCUAAAUUGGUCCUUACAACACAAACAAGUGCUUCCUUGGCUCAGCAAAUCUAGCAAACCCUUCCUCUUGCAUUUUAAUAAGCCUCAAACCAACCCAGGGGCCCAGAACCCCAAACCAACCUAGGCCAGGAUCCUAGCCCAAAUAUGCUCCUCCACAAGCCGCCUUUCUACUACUAAUGGAGAGUAUUUGUUUAAAAGCCUAAGGUGUAUGUGGGAAGACCUUGUUAUUGUUCUGUUAGUUUUGAUUUACUUGUUGUGUGCGUUGUAAGGUGGCCCUGUGCCAUGGCGAGAGGGGAUGGUAAACUCUUGGCUGUGAGAGUGUGCAAAUUAACAUGUUUCACUCUCUGAAUGCUGGACAGGCAUUGAAAAAGAGAUUGUUUACAUUCAGAUGCUGGCCACCCGCCGCUUGCUUUUUCUUCCCUCCUGUUUUCCAAUCACUGAAGAGACAUGACCCAUUUAAAUGGUUGUUUACUUGCAUUAGAAGAAGAGCCAAAGCACUUCUCAAUGAACUCUUGUCUACAAUUCAAUUAGAGUGGCCUUCCCAGCAGCACAGUUUUCCACAUUACACAAUGCUCUCUUCAGCCUGGCUGCAACCCGGGUAAAAGUACCAGAACCAGAGAGCAGCAAUAGUCAAUCACACCUGCGCAUUACAUCAAGUCACAAUGUCCCCACUGGUUAUUGAUCUUUAAUUCAGAAAGUGGAUUAUCAAAGAGAAUAAGGAUUGAAGGACAGGGCAGGUUGACCUUUGGCUUGAAACUCAUCAGUUUGCAUUUAAUUUAAAAUCAAGCAAAGAAAGUGAAAGUAAGCUGAAGACGGAUAUCAUCACACAGAAAAAGCACUGUUACAGCUGCGGGCCAUUGAAAUGGAGCAAGUUAGAGGAAGCACAUCAGGUAUUUCCCAAGCUUUUUCUGUCAAGUUUCUGUAUUUGUGAAUCAGUCUCUGCGUUAGAGGAGCUGUGGUCAAGCAGAGUCUCCCUCAAACCCAACAGAACGUUUUUUAUUCCUUUAAACCAGACGUUUUAUUACUGCUUUCCUGUUGCCCUCUGACUAGCCAGACGUAUAUUAAGACAUGGCUGGAGUGUUUCCCCUCUUUUUCUUUCGCCUAUUUUUGGGGAUUGUGGGAAAAGAAGCUGAGUAAUGUGUCAGCUGUGAAGGAGCCUGGGAUACAAUUUUCCUGCCUAGCUUUCCUUUUACAUCCACUAGCUUUCAAAGCGAGUACAAGAUGAGUCAUUGUUUCAUAUAAUCAAUCAACCUGUUUAUUGUUCUUUAUCCUGCUUCAGGGUGUCUCCCACCUGUAUUUGAUCUCUUGAUUGGGUACUUUCUUUCUUACAGUUGUCAAAAACUGCCUGUUUGACUGCUUUCAAGAGCUUAAAAUUGGCAAUGUCAUACUAUCCUGUUAUCUAGGGUUGACUUGGGACUUUCUUAAAAUGCUUGAGAUUAGAUAAUGUGUUAACUUGAGGACAACUAAUCAAAUAAAGAUUAUAUUUGUUUCUUUUUUUUUGUCUGUGCACCUCAGUCCCAAAUAAAUCACUGAGCCAGUGCAGUGCAUAAAAACAUGGGUGUUGACCAGUUAAUCAUGGUAAACCUGAGUGGAAACUCAUGAUGAUAGCAUUUGGAUCAGCAUGUUAAUCUUUAAGCAAACUUUCUGUAUGGAUCCAGAAUUUGUUCAUAUUCUGGGUUCUUAAGAACAGAUCCUUUUUAGAUUGAUGUUAAAAUUCUGUAGGUCACAUUGUACCCCCUGAAAUGUUUUUGGUCUUCUUUAAGUCUACAUUAUUUAUCUCCAGGCGCCACAAAGCUCAGAAUUGAUCACAACAAUUAUAUGGUUUAGUCCUCUGUUUUGAGUCGUAAACUGCUUUUCUGAGAAAUUAUAAUCACGCAAAUUGAAUUCGAACCGGCCAAUGAAGAUGAACAAGGUCAGAUCAGAUGGCUUAUGUUUUUCAGCUCUUACCGCAACAGUGUACAGCUGAACAGAAAUGCUCAAAAACAGAACAAAUCUAAUUUUAGGCUGGUGGACUACUGCAGUGCCUAAGAGAUUUGAGUCAAAAUAUAGCUAUUGUUGUAUAAUUUACACUGUCUCAAAAGGAAACCCUGAAGGAGCACAUUUUUCGGUACCUUGUUAAACUUCAGUACUGACCUUGUGAAAUAUUUGAGAGGACUGUAGUGAAUUGAUUAAAACUCCUGUUUUAUGUGAUUUGUGCUGCAACAACUGUGAUGUAAUACAUGGGUGGGGAAAUAAGAUGAGUAACUAUGGACCCAAUAACUCGACAGGAAUGUCUCUUAGAUACUCUAGACAAAACAAACAGCACAAAUAUUUUCCAUUUAUGAGUCCUGCUCACCAAUAUGCAACAUUACCUGCAGUUUCAGAACAAAAUACAUGAAAAUGACGAGUACCAGGCUGAUAAAGAAAUCUAUCAGUGACGUAAUCAAAGCCACAUAAAACCUGCUGGUUAUAAAAGGCUGAACUGUUGCGCUACAAUCUUACAUGUACACUAAAUUGGCUGAACUGUUUUCUCUAAAUAGGUCAAUCAAUUAUAUACAGCCCGUUUAGUCUCGCAAUGAUUAUUUUUGAGUGGCAGAAACUUGUCAGUCUUGUCUUUCCUGGUAGGCACGUCAUUAUUCAGAGCUAGUGAGGGAGAGGAGCAGCUCCAGACUUGACAUCAUUUUCAGAUAAAAGUGUGCAGAAGUAUGUCACAGUGAUAGUGAAGUUGGUGAAGUGUUCAUUAUCUUCACAAAGGGAAUCAGGGUCAUGGUCGGCUGAUGUAUGCUGUGUCAUGAUAAUGUUAUCCACGUCUUUGAUUAUAAAGGUUUACAUCUCAACUUUGCCUUCUUUAUGUGUCAUACACUGAGGAUCACAUGAGAACAAAGCCCUUCUUGAGGCAGCUGCACAGCCUCCCAGCUCCAGUUAUUAGUUGUGAACAGAUCAAGAUACAAGAUCAAGUUAGAGCACUAUGUGAAAUUUCCAUGAACUACAAUUCCAGAAAGAACUGUGCUAAAUGGACAAAUUACAGCAGAUGUGCCAUGUUGUCACUAUCAAAGGACAGGAAUGUGUCCUGCCAACCAAGCCGGCUGCUGAUGCUUGGAUCUGAAUGAAUGAAAGAAGUACUGUGAGAAAACAGUCUUUAUCUCUACAGUAAGAUCAUAGUGUAACGUAACUUACAAACAAAACAACAUUCAAAGUGAAGACACGAAAAAGAGCGCUUGGAGUCCUUUGCAUCAUCCAAUCCACAUGACCCAUAAAAAAGAAACUUGUUUUUAAAGUUUGGGAACACACUUGUUUCAUAAACAGCGAGUAGCAAAAAGCAACAACAUGGGGUCAGUGGUAUCUUGACGAUUUAGUUCCUAGAUGGAGAAAAUCCCUCAGACCCUUGACCGAAGGUGGGCUAUUGUCCAUUAUUUAAAAAAAAGAAUUUACACUUAAAAAAAAAAAAAGUUAGGGUUUACAUUAAAGUUUGCCCACAAAAAUAAAUGUUUUUUCUUGCUUGGUAGCAGUCUGAAGUAAAAACCUGAUAGGAGCAAUUCAAAUCUGAUGCAGAAUGAUCCCAGUCCACACAGAAUGAUGGCUCAUGAAUAACCGUCUCAUUUGUUUCUUUCUUCGUUCAUUUCUUUGAUCUCCUCAGGUGGGUUAAACCAAGAACUGGUCGCUCCCUGGCCGUUGGGAUCUAUAACACAGGAGCAGCAAUCUGCCUCCUGGGCUACAGGAUCACAGUGGAGGAGAGAGUCUCAGGCUGAUUACUCCCCCCAUUGUCUCUGAGGAGGGGGGAGGAAGAGAAGGAGAAGGAGGAGGAGGGGGAGGAGGAAGAAGGAGCUGUUAUAACUACCCAGAGCAUGGGGCAAAAAGUCCCAGGUGGCAUUAAAACCAUCGAUAUGCGGGAUCCGGCGUUCAGCCCCCUGAAGCUGGAGCUACAGGCCCUGAGUCACACCAAGCCGUCUCGACUGGACCUGCUGCUGGACAUGCCACCUGCAGGCCUGGACGUGCAGGUCCAGCACUCUUGGAACAACGACGACCGGUCACUCAACAUCUUCGUCAAGGACGACAACAAGCUGGUGUUUCACAGGCACCCUGUGGCGCAGAGCACAGACGCAAUUCGAGGACGUGUUGGCUAUACGAGGGGACUGCAUGUGUGGGAGAUCAGCUGGGCAAUGCGUCAGAGGGGUACACACGCCGUGGUGGGAGUGGCUACAAGUGACGCCCCACUACAUUCGGUGGGCUACACAGCUUUGGUUGGAAGCAACGCCGAGUCCUGGGGCUGGGACCUUUGCAGGAGUAAACUCUACCACGAUGGCAAGAACCUCCCAGGAAAAAGCUACCCGGCCUUCCUGGAGCCAGACGACACCUUCAUCAUACCAGACUCCCUCUUAGUGGUCUUGGACAUGGAUGAGGGAACUCUGGGUUACAUAGUAGACGGACAUUAUUUAGGGGUGGCUUUUAGAGGACUUAAAGGCAGAAAGCUGUACCCUGUGGUGAGCGCGGUGUGGGGACACUGUGAGAUACGAAUCCGGUACAUAAAUGGGCUUGAUCGUAAGUGCAAACGUUCUUUGUCUUUUUCUUAUUUUGUCCUUUUUUACACUUUAGACAUGGUUUUAACUGUCUGUCAGGAUGUCUUCUGCAUAGCUCUUACAAAACUGAUGACAGCAUUUAUUAACACAGUAAACAAAGGUGUGACAGUUCAGGGUUUGUCAGACUGUCCGAGCAGGGUAGUUUGCUGCACACAGGCUUUCAGCGUUUACUGUCUAUGACUCACAUCAGUUUGCCUUACAGCCUGGCUAUUAUGUAAAGCAGUACAAGAGAUAGCAUGACAUUUAAAUUCUUGUUUUAGCAGUCAAUGUUACAGUUAAAUUAAUGUUCAACUUCAUCCCUGAAUCUCUUUAAUUCAUAUGACAAAUAAGAUCAUGUAUCCUCCUCCAGUCGUCGUCAUUUUCGUUUUUUUAAGUCUGUGGUGCCUCCAUUAUGGAUCGUAGUGCCAAAAACACCCGGUCAUCUGUAGUGUUGAUGUAGAAAGCAACAAGCUCUCCCUGAACAAACAUAGGAUGUACUGUAAUUGGAUUAAUGCCAAUUAUUCCACAGCAAAAGGGUCAUGAGCUUUAAAUGAGGAGACAAAAGUGCUUAUCCAAAUGCGCUGUGCUGCCCACAUGUCCCAUGUGCUCUGUGCUCAUUAACUUUUAUGCUCAGCUCAGAUUCCUCGACCUAGUUUAGUUUAGGCCUGUGGAAGAGAAGCACUACAAAUGCAGUGAUAUGCAUCAACCCCAUCUUUAGUCUGAUUUGUUAUUUACCAUAAUAAUGGUGAUGAAAAGAAGGAGAUGCCUGAUCAUGUAUACCGUUGUGUCUCACAGUGUGGACAUGAUCUUGUGUCUGUUAGGAUCCAGUAACCAGUAUUCAGAGCUUGCACUGCAGCAAAGACCGACUGCCAGUAAAAAUCAUAAACACCCUUUGUGUGUUCUUUUUUUUUUUUGGCUCAGUUUUUACAUCUAAAAACAGCAUGAAUAGUAAAUACUUCGAUACUUCUGGAGGCCCAGGAAUAGCUUUAGUUAAAAUAGGAAAAUUGUCAAGAACCAAACUAUCUCUAUCCUUGUUGCAUUGUUCCUUUUUCCUUGCUUGACAGUUUACAUCCUGAUACAUGGCCAUCACAAAAAGUGAAAGAAAAAACGUGUUUUUACCUCUAAUCUCAGUGUCCAUUAGUUCAUAUUUUUAUAGUACAUCUGUUCUGUUUAAUUUGCCAGUAUAAGGUUCAUUCCAGGUCACUCUCUAUGCAGGUGUGACAGAUUAUGACAGACUCAUUCAGGAGGGUUUAUUAUAAUGCAGGAUUUGUGGUCAGUGAGGUAAUUUAAGGGUGAACAGGGGGGUUUCAAUACUAUGUGGAGGCCCACUUCGGAGUUGCUGUACUCAUCAGAUGUGAAAAUAAGGAUGUUUAUGGCUCUAAAUCAUGUUUUCAUAUUUUUAUUCAUCCAUACCAUUCCAUUUGAUAUCGUCGGGGCUGCAGCUGAAAUAUUAAAACUGUCCCACACAUAUUACGAGAAUAAAUCACAGCAAAGAUCAAUUUCAGAGAGUCAUUACAUUUUAUCACACACCAGUGAUGGAAAAGGGAUUUGAUCUAUGCAUAAUCUUUUUAUUUAAACCAGUCCUUCCAUUUUUGCAAACACAGCUUUGUUGAUUGUUGUCUGGAUUAUGUGUUUAACUUCUUCAUAGUUUAUAGGUCUGAGUUUGUAAAGUCUGAUCAUCUACGGACCACAGAUUUGUUCUUGUCCAUGAUUGGCCAGAUGUGAGAUCUUCUCCGUCAGAGCUAGUGAAACAAGAUAACCAAAAGAAAAGAACAUUUUGAAUGGGCUUUAUCAUAUAUUCCUAGAUAUGAUAACACUCAUUCUUGGAGAUGUUUGUCCAUUGUGUAACUUCAGAGGAGACCGUGAAACCUUUUGAGUGUAAAAACUCUCCUUGAAUAAAUAUAUUAGUGGACCUCGAUGCUCUGAGCAGUCAUGAUAAAGAUAUUUUCAGUACUUCCCAGCACCAGUUUUUGAUUAUUAAAGCCCCUGUUUUUUUAUUUUUUUUAAAUAAAAGGCUUUUUUGUCCAAGCAGGUUAGGAAUACAUCACCUCUCCUCUUGCUUUUAUUAAGGCUAAUGUUUAUAUUACACUUAAUUCCUGACAUUUUUAAGUCAUAAUACUUUACUGUCAUAAAAUUAAUUUGCUGCUUCAAGCUUGCUCCUCCUCACCCUUCUUCCCCUCUUGUCUCCCCCCAGCUGAACCCCUCUCUCUGAUGGACCUGUGUCGGCGCUCGGUGAGGGUGGCAUUAGGAAGGGACCGUUUGAGUGAAAUCCAUAGACUGCCCCUGCCUGUCUCCCUCAAGAACUACCUACUCUACCAAUGAUGGCACUGAUGGCCACACUCACACACACACACACACGCUCAGCACACCCUUUUCUCUCUCUCAUGUUUCUCUGGGAUCCUCCUCGGGUUGAACCUGUUCGACAACAUUGCUCAAGACUUCAGGGCUGACUCGGCCUUCAACAAGUACGCUUCUGUGUCAGCAUUUCUUAUCCUGUUUUUAUGACUCUUUGCAAUUGUACUCUCUAACUUUCUUAAAUCAGGAAUCACUGAGCACUAUGCACAUGCUGAUCCAGACGAUGUCCUGACAGUCACCAUAGUGGUUUAACUCUUCCAGUUUGUAAGUAGAUGUGGCAUAUGUAUGUGGUCAGUAUCUCUGCUGUGGGCUCCAGACUUCAAGAUGAUGAUUUUCUAUACUGUAGUCUUUUUGAAUCUUUUAUCUAGUAGGUUGUGCGAAAAUGAAAAAUGUGAAAAAUAUGAAAAUUAAGGUUGGUGCAGAAGUCCACUGCCAGUUUGUGACCACAAGGUGGCAGCACAUCCACGUAAACUCGAUGAAAGCUGUGUCAUGAAACUCUUGUUUUAAAAAUGUACACGGGUCACUAAAUUGAUUUUCAUACAACACAGAGAUGAGAUGCUGACCACUUCAUAGUGAGUCUGUUGUGCAGUGAGGAUGAUUGCACUGUGAGGAAGCUGAGGAGCAGCCCUGACCUCUGCACCAUCAGGUUUCACUACGGUGUGGAAGUGUGCCCUAUUUCUUACCUUUAAGGCAUCGGACAGGAACAUCAUCAGCAGAAAUCUUAACAGAAGGAAAAUGUCACUGUGAUUAUUUGUAGCAUGCAUCUGCAGGAAGUCUUUCUCAGUACAAUCACAAAGUCUGUUGUUUUUUUAAUCUUUUCUGUCACUCCUGCUUUUAGUUGUGCAGCACAGUAGUUUGCAAACACAUCAUGAGAGCCCAAGAGUGCUGUUUUCCUUCCAUUAUCGUUCAGACAAUUUCUUCAUCAGCUGAUUUCACCGGUUCGCACAGGUUCAGCAAGAGAACAAAACUAACCAAUGAAAUUGCAGGAAACGUGUUUUUUUUUUUUUCUUUUUAAAUGAAAACAUGCUAUUUUGGGUCUUACUGGCACAUAGCUGAGAACCAUUGAUGUAGUGUUCGUGUUUUAAGACAUGUAAAGGGAGGUCAAAAAGGUUCAGGUUGUAUUGGUGAAUAUUGUUCUUUUAUCAGCAAAUUUAUGAAUUAAGGCACCAUGACAACAUUACAAGACAAUCCACAAAGUGCUGCACAAACGUAAUGAAAAAAGCUGAGAUUGCCAACAUAUUGUCAAAUGCCAUAUCAUAGACCUGUUGACUCUAGUAUUUUUCAAUGUGCAGACAUGGUCCUUAUCCAGCGCCACGCUGGUGGGGGCUCACUGUGCCACACAUUUUUCUUUUCCUCGCUUGCAGAUUCCAUUUUAUUUGUACUCCUUGUUAAAGAUUUGUUUGUAAGUGUCUAAUAAAGUUUAUUUCAAAAAUAUGUUGUUUUUUUUUAACACUGUUCUCCUGUGAAGAGGUCCAACUGCAGAUGCAGUUUUAUGGUUGAAGUACACUGAUGAUAAAUUAUAGAAGUUUCUGACCUGAGAUGAAAAACCAAAAGCUGUAGCUUAUACAGACUUGCAAGCUUGCUGUUUCCUUGUUCAUCUCCUGUUAUCUGAAUAAAAGGAAAUAGCGUUACUUUAAAUCAUUAAAAAUGAACAGCUCCUUGUUCACAUUUACGAAGGCAGUCUUUAUCCUUUUCAGACAAGGAGCCCCACUUCAUUUGGAAGUGUGUCC